UGAAAACCUUGUGAUUCUGCAGCUGAUCUACUGAAAUCUGCCUUCGCUGCGGUCCACCAGUGGGGGGAGCUGCGAAGCUGCCCUGGAGCCGCUGAGCCAGCAGGGGUCCGGUAAGAAGAGGAGGGAGGAGAAACCGGACACCGACUCUCAGAGCCGCUCCUGGCAGGUCAGAGUGAAGCAGAACCCGUGGGAGGCAAGCAGCAGCGGAGCGGCUCUCAAGAGUUACACCGAGGAGCAGGAGCCGAGGAGCGGCGGAUGUUCCGCUCCCUCUCCCAGGACUUUAACUGGGUCUCAGCCUUUCAUCGGACCCUCCCGCAGUGUAACGGAGUUCCCGGGAAAGUGAAAGAAGUCCCGGUAUCGGCAGCUUGACAGCUGCUGAAAUGAAGAACAACUCCGAUAAACGGGCUCCAUCGGAAUCAGUACAGCAGAACUCGCCACCAGAAAAAGUGGGAUGGAUCAGGAAGUUCUGUGGGAAAGGGAUCUUCAGAGAGAUCUGGAAGAACCGCUUUGUGGUUCUGAGAGGAGAUCAGCUGUUUAUAUGUGCCAAAGAGGUGAAGGAGCUCAGUCGGGCUGAUGAGGUGUUGGACCUGUCGGACUACGAGCGUUGCGAGGAGAUCAGGAAGCUCAAGAGCCGCAGCAAAAAGAACCACAGCAAGUUCAGACUACAGCGCUGCAGCACACCAGGCAAUACGGUACCAAACCUGGUCUUCCUGGCUGUCAGUCCUGAGGAGAAAGAGUCAUGGAUUAACAUUCUGAACGCCUCCAUCACCAAAGCCAAGAAUCGGAUCCUGGAUGAGGUAAUGGUGGAAGAUUCUCAGCUGUCUCACCUGACACGCGACCGAGUGAGGAGUGAUCAACAGGAAGUGAACAUUACAUUUACAAAGCCCUCCCUCUCACACCUUGUUUUCAGAGUGGUGCUCAGGUCGGUAUGUUGGACCUGAAGUUUAAUAUUAGCCGCCGUUCUGGUCGGAUCGACAAUGCAAGAACAGAUGAACAGCUGAGUACAUAAAGCCAAAAGGGAGAAAAUGUUUCAUUGCUGAAGGACUCAGGUCCAGACCAAGAGCUUUUCCAGAACUUUUACAAAAGAAACCGUUAACAUGGACUCACUCCAUGUGUGGUUUGUUUGGAUGAGCACCUGCUGCACUGAGGAACCCAACAAUGUCUCAGUGUAGGGUGUUCAUCUACAGCCUGAACAUUGUGAGACAGUGGUCAUCAAAGCAACAGUGACAGGUUGGUUCUGAUCCACCGCAGUUCAAAAAUUUGUCAGACAGAAAGGUUCUGUGGUUGUAGAUGGGACAACUUUGUGACCUCCAGAAGUUUAUUUUUGUAAAGAUUUUGUACCCGUGUGUUCUGCGGCCCGGUUCUGUUGCCGUUUGUAGCAAUGAGAGUUUUUUCACAGCUGAAAACACAAACUAGGUUCUGCUUCAGCAGCUGGAUGACUGUUGAGGCCUUAAAAACUGCAGGGGAUGGUGGGAAAUGCAGUUCAUCUGAGUUCUGAGCAGAAUCUGUACUAAAAUAAAUGCUGUAAACCUGGA